ACCGCGUUUGUGACGGACAACAACAGAACAGCUAGCUGUGUGUUAGAUACCUCUCAUAACUUCUUAAAAUUCGGCAUUUAAAUCGAUUGUCAUCAGAACCCUUGUAGUGUAAGAUCCUCAGCAGACGGAUAAAUGUCUGAUUCGUCAGAACUUCCUAAAUCAGAAAAAGAGGAGGAGGUCACUCCCGAACCAGAGGAACAAUCCGACGACAGCAGUGAAGACGAGGCUGCAGGAGACGCAGACAUGGACUUCAUGCGCAACCUCUUCUCCAGCGCGCUUGGCCUCAGUUCAGCUGAGAAAGUCCUGGAUGAGCUGACUCUGGAUGGAGUGGCACGAUACAUAAACAGCGGCAAAUGUAAAAACAUCAUCUGCAUGGUUGGAGCAGGAAUAUCCACAUCUGCUGGAAUCCCAGAUUUUCGCUCUCCAGGAACUGGCCUGUAUGCAAACCUGCAAAAAUACAACCUGCCUUACCCAGAGGCUAUUUUCCAGAUAGAUUACUUUAAGAAACAUCCAGAGCCAUUCUUUGCCUUGGCAAGGGAGCUUUACCCGGGACAAUUUAAGCCAACAAUCUGUCACUAUUUCAUGAAGAUGUUGAAAGACAAGGGCAUCCUGAGACGCUGCUACACACAGGUAGGAGGAACACUCACUUUUCACAAAUUUUCUGACGACAUUCCCAAAUGUGACAAGUGCAGCAGUUUGGUUAAACCAGAUAUUGUCUUCUUUGGAGAGAACCUACCUGCCCGAUUCUUCACUUCAAUGAAGAUGGAUUUUCCUCGUUGCGACCUUCUCAUCGUUAUGGGGACAUCCCUUCAGGUUCAACCAUUUGCGAGUCUAGUCAGCAGGGUUUCAAAAAGUUGCCCCAGACUGCUCAUUAACAUGGAGAAAUCAGGGCAGGUUAACCCCAUGAUGAGUUUGUUUGGUUUCGGAGAAGGGAUGGACUUUGACUCAGACAAGGCUUACAGAGAUGUAGCUCACAUUAGUACUUGUGAUGAUGGAUGUUUGGCUCUAGCUGAUCUUCUGGGAUGGAAGGCAGAGCUGGAAGAGCUGGUGAAGAAGGAGCACGCCAAGAUCGACAGUCAGGAUGCAAAAGAGAAGGCCAGUGAAAACAAAGGAGCGACAGCCAAGGCGAGCUCUGCAUCAGCGCCACCAGAACCCAAAGCUGAGGAGUAACCAAUAAAAAGCUCCCUGAUUAAAUGAAGAUACUGUGGUGAUGUCACAGAUUGAAGUCGACCCAAGAAGUGGCAUCAUGAUACUACUCGGGGGGGUUACCUGGAAGCGAGGCUGUGGUGGACUUUCUGACAUCUGUUUAUAUCAGUCAUUUGCACUUUUUUUUCAGCUUUUUUAUUUUUAUUUUUUUUAACUCAGUCUAAACUGUUUAUCGCUUUCUCUGUGGAUCGGCAGAUUUUAUGUUGCAACAGAACCUAUUGUUCAUUUAUCUAUAUUGCAGCAGCACAUAGCGUGCCCAUGUGCGUUGUGGUUAAUGUCUCUAAAACAGGCGCCAUUGCACUCCACAGUGGCUCAGAUGAAUAUGCAAACCAGCAAUUGAACAUGUGAUAUUUUGUUUAAUCAAAAAUGAUCUUUUCUGUGAAGAUAAGCGGGCUAUUUUAGGUGCUGUGUUGUUUCCCUCAAGCCAAAACCUGCUGUGCUGAUAACUUUCCUACUAACAAAAUUAACUUCCUGAUAUGUGACCGCAGUUGGGCACAUGGCUCUUCUAAAAUGUCUCAAUUUGUAAUUUACCGUGUUUUUCAUGUUCCUCUCAUGUUUAAUUACUUUUUAAUGAUGUUUAAAAAAAAAAAAAAAAGUAAUGUAAAAAAUGCAAAAGAAAGUCUAAACCCAAGUUAAUUUUGGGGGCAUGGGGGACAUGAGAAGAUCUGGUUUUAUUGUAAACUUGUGUGAUCAUGAAUUGAUUUGUGGGUUUAAAAAUGGAUGCAAUAACAUUAACAUCUGUACAAUGUUACAGGAACCAGUGCAACCCCCUGCAAUAAAUUUUACCUUUUCAAAGCUGA